AUUACUUUGCGGACUUCAAGGAUAAACGGCAAGCACGCCGACGCUUACAAGGUGGCCGUCUCAUUGAGCGACCCGUGAUGUCCGGCGUGUACACCAAGAAAUGCGUGGACGAUGUGUUCGACACUUCGGAAGGCGCUCUGCCUUUCAAGUUGCAAAGGAUAGCCGAAGAAGAGCUGGGCGAGACGCAAGCUAAGAGACAAGAUGCUCUGGAGAAGCUUACGCAGCUCUUAGAAGCUGAGACAGAUCUCAAAGCAAACAAAGACCCCAAGUUCCUGAUCCGGUUCCUGCGCGUCCGCAAGUUCAACGUGGACGGUGCGCUUCAAACCCUCCGCAACUACUACAGAAAUCGUGCUUCCUGUGUGACCAUCUAUCGAGACUUUCUGCCGCGAAAAGCGCGUCCGGCAGGUCGCAAGCUGAUGAUGGUGAUGCCUUAUAGGGAUGUUCACGGACGCCCCAUAAUCCUAUGUAAACCAGGUGUAUGGAUGCCAGACGAGCUACCUUACGCGGACCUGCAGUGCACGUGGCUUAUCUGCAUGGGAUACAUUGCGGCCGACCCGGCAGCGCAGAUCCUCGGAGUUGUGCUGUUGGUUGACUACGCCGAUUUUACAGCUGACAAGAUUCUGUCGUUCAGCAUCGGCCUUAUCAGGAGAGCCCUCGAGUACAUACAGGAUUGUAUGCCGAUGAGAAUGAAAGCAGUACACAUCGUGAGGCAGUCGUACGCUUUCGAUCUGUUUUUCGCCCUCAUCAAACCCUUCAUCAGAACGAAGCUGGCCGAAAGAUUUCGCUUCCACGGGGAGAACUUCGAGAAGCUCCACGAGGAGAUCUCCCCGAAGACUCUGCCGGAGGAGUACGGAGGUCAGGGCCCACCUAUCGACCCCGACGAAUUUUGGAAGCGAGUGGACGCCGCGGAAGAGGACUUCGCCGCGGCCAACCGGUUCGGGUACCCCAUGAAAGACCAGGACGAUUUGCCUCCUGAGAAUGAGGAACUGAAACAGGAGCUGACGUCACUGUGACUGCGGCACGAAUUCUCACGAACGUCGAGUUU